UCCGCUUCCUCUUUUCUUUCUCCUCCUCUCUGCUAAUAGAAAAAUGUCAGCUCUGUGUCCCGUCUGCAACGUAACGCUUCCUCUUCCCCAAAUCGAAAGCCAUGUGAAUUCCCACUUCGACGACGACGAAAUCGAUCCACAAAUCGCAAGCGACCACUACUUGGCUCUGCAACUCGCCUCUGAUCCUCCCUCAACCCCAAAGGAAGCUCCUUUCCUCGACCCACUUAACAAAACCGUUCCUUUUGCGUCCUUGGCGCGUUCACAGACCAAGAGCCCAUUCCACAUAGUUGAAAACGGUGGUUUGAUUUGUUUGCUUAAGACUUGCUUAGAGUCAAAGACCAAACCUUUUGAGUCCAAUACGAGUUUACUAUCGGGCUACGUUGAUCAUUUUCAAUCCACCAAGGAGGAUAAAGGAUGGGGAUGCGGGUGGAGGAAUAUCCAAAUGCAAUGCUCUCACUUGCUUUCUCGUAGAGAUCAAGAAGUUAAAAGAGUUCUCUUUGGCGGCUCUGAGUUCGUUCCCGACAUCCCCUCGCUUCAGCGGUGGUUAGAGUUGGCUUGGAGGAGUGGCUUUGACGUCUCUGGAGGUCUCCAUUUCGAUAAGCGUAUAUACGGUUGUAAGAAAUGGAUUGGGACCACUGAGUGUGCUGCGUUGUUGCGUUCUUUCGGGUUGAGAGCUAGAGUUGUUGAUUUUGCUCCUGAGAAGUCUCGGUCGAUGUAUCUUUCGGUUCCUGGCUCUGCUGUUGCGCCUAAGAGGAGGGGGUACGGUCCUAUGGAUAGAUACGUGGUUAAAAAGGGUGGAAGUGGGGUGGAGAAAGGAGUUGACUCUCAUGGUUCUAGUUCUUCUUCUAGGAUCAGCAAAGGAACGGUUUUGAUGGAAUGGGUUUGGAAUUACUUUUCGGACAACAGGUUGGAUGUUUCAUCUGGUGUUCAUAUCACGAAUAAAGGGCCUUUGUAUUUCCAACAUGAAGGCCACUCGAGAACAAUCGUUGGGAUUCAAAGACGGUUGCAAGGAACUACGUUUACUCCUCAGUACAAUCUCCUGAUUCUGGACCCAGCUGAUUUUACUAGAGGUAUAGAGAAAGCGCUUGUAGAUAAGAGAGGGUGGGAGGGGUAUCUUAAAAGAGGAGCUCACACUCUGACGUGUCCCGAGUAUCAGAUGUUGUACGUUGAUAAUGGGAUUGCUGUUGGCGAGGAGUUGGAGCAGCUCAAGACCAUUAAUAGUCUCUUUGUUGAAUUCUAAUGGCUUCCAUAAAAAAAAACAGAAAAAUGAUUAUUAGAGGAAUCUUAAAUUUGGUUGCAAUUUGUACUUUUGUAUCAUAACAAUUGUUAUUUUGGGAAUCAUGAACUAGUUGCAACUGUAUAAUUCUGUACCAUAUAUACAUUUGUUUGCUAAGUAAGCCAAUUUAAACAUUUUUCAA